CCCAGAAGGAAAAGAAAAAAUGGGGUCUCUUGUAGUGUCUUCUCUUACUCUAGCAAUAGCCAUAAUCCUUUUCACUUUGCCAUGUGAAAUCUCAGCUAAUAAAUACUCAUAUCCCUCACCACCACCACCCAAACAUGCACCUUACCACUACCCAUCUCCACCACCACCACACUCACCACCGCCUCCUUACCAUUACUCAUCUCCACCACCACCAGUUCACAAACCCUACCCUCACCCCCACCCAGUUUACCACUCUCCUCCACCACCACCAGUUCACAAGCCCUACCCUCACCCUUACCCAGUGCACCACUCUCCACCACCACACAAGAAGCACUACAAGUACCCGUCUCCGCCACCACCGGUGCACAAGUAUCCUCACCACCACCCUCAUCACCCGGUGUACCACUCUCCACCACCACCAGUCCACCACUACGUUCCCCACCCAGUUUACCACUCUCCUCCGCCACCACACAAGAAGCCUUACAAGUACCCGUCUCCUCCUCCUCCAGUUCAUUCUCCACCUCCACCACACUACUACUACAAAUCUCCCCCUCCACCUCACCACUACUAGAUACAGUGCUCAUUAAAUGGAUCUAAUAAUAUGCGGAAAGAGUGUGAAAGAAAGAAGGAGGUGAAAGUAGGUGGCGGAGCACUUUUCCAAUGCAUAGAGAAGAAUAAGAGAGAAACUAUUACUUUUGCAUUGUCUCAUAAUUUCGUUAAAGUGUUAUUUGACUAUUAUAUUUUGUUGAGAAGCGCGUUUUAAAUUUUAAUUUAUUGUGAUCUACUUGUUUGUAUUAGACAGUUGUAAGGCACUGCACCCCUCAAUACUUCGGUUUCUAAUAACUAUUCCCUCUUUCGUGGCGGGAAUAAGUUUCGUCACUUAUAUUGUAUUCCAUCUGUAAGGUUUUCGUAUUUAAAUAAUCAUAAAUUUUUUUAUAGUAA